AAUACACAUCAGGGAAAAGAACAAAGCCGACGAGACGAUCUGGAAGCGUUGGGCCACAUGUUCAUGUAUUUCUUGCGUGGUAGUCUACCAUGGCAAGGAUUGAAAGCGGAUACUCUAAAGGAGCGCUACCAAAAAAUUGGCGACACGAAGCGCGCCACGCCAAUCGAGUCGUUGUGCGAAGGUCAUCCCGAAGAGAUGGCAACGUAUUUGCGCUACGUGCGUCGCCUUGACUUCUUCGACACGCCCGAUUACGAGUACCUGAGAAAGCUCUUCCAGGACCUUUACGACAGGAGAGGCUUCCUUCACGAUGGCGAAUUCGACUGGACCGGCAAAACCAUGUCGACACCAGUGGGAUCGUUGCAGACAGGCCAGGAGAUCGUAGUGUCACCAAAUCGGGACAGACACCCGACGAAUUACAAGGAAUGCGAUGAUUUUGAAGAAGACACGAUUCUCAUGAUGAAUGAAAUCUGUUGCACGGAGGUGCGGGGCAAUUACGACGCGGCUGGCGGCGGGGUGGGACGAGGGGGCGGUAAGGGGGCAGGUGCCACGUGGCCCGACCAAGUCAAGCAAUCGGGCACCGGUGGCACCUUGACACCCGCCGAUAGACACGGCUCCGUUCAGGUCGUAUCCUCAACAAACGGAGAACUGGCAAAUGACGAUCCAACUGCUGGCCACUCAAACACACCAAUAACUGCACCUCCAGAAGUGGAAAUGAUAGACGAAACCAAAUGCUGCUGCUUCUUCAAGCGAAAGAAGAAGAAGGCUGGUCGGCAAAAAUGACUGAGUGUGGCCGUAGGCACCAAUGCGGUACAGUGCGCGGAUAUGAAUGUUGGCGUGGUCCCCGAGCACUAUCAACAGUAUCACCAUUCGAUCAGCGGCGGUGGUGGUGGACGCGAGAAUGGCGGUGACGGAGGUGGUUAUGCUGAGCCAAGGCGUAGUGGACGAGGACUGAUAAUCCGAGGUGGUGGAUGCGAUACGGAACGCGAGGCUGUGACUUUAUUGCGUGCAAGCAGCCACUCGGCUUCCCGUGACUCUGUGCUUCACACGACUGUUACUCUCACGCCGACACCUACGCCGCCGCCGCUGUCCAACUGAUCGCCGCAGUUGUACUCCACGUCGACGAUCUGCCUGCACUCGCGACAGAUGCAUUGAUUAUCAAAUGUUCACUGUCAUCAUCGUUAUUAUUAUCCAUUAACUAUUCUUCUCGUUUUUUUUACUACUAUUACUAUCUACUAUCUAUUACUACUACUACUACAUUUUACGGUUAACUGCUAUUGUAUUCUUAUCCAUUAUUUUAUUAUUUUUACAUUUACUACUACGAACCGGACCUUAUUGCAAUUAUUCAUCGUCCUAUUCAUGGUCAUCGAUCGAUGAACGUUGUUGUAACUCGCGCGAGCGAGCAUGUAAGAGAUAGAGAACGUGUGUACACCUCUUUUACAAGGUUAUUGCCGUUCCAUGCUUACGAUAUUGUGUCGUAUAAGCGAACAAACCAGCGCGCGAGGCUCGACGUCGCGUAUCGCAUGCACACCCACAACAAACACACACAAACACACCCACUAUACAAGACGUUGACGGAAAAAUAACUUAAUUAUCUGAUGCGUGCGACGAGAAAUGCUUCUCCGCGCGAUACGCUAUUAUCUUGCGCUCUUCUCUCUCGGGAAAAAAUUUAGGAAAGUAUAAAUAUUAUAUAUAAAUGUAAAGCAUAAGAGAUAUAAAGUGCGUGAGUGCUGCAUAUGCGUGCCUGAGAGAUUGUACGGUUAAACGUGGAGCCAAGAAGCAUUUUAAACGCCCCCACCGACGCGACCCACUUUGCGCGGGCUAAGAAAAUAAGAGAGAGAAAGAGAGAGUGAGAGAGAGAAAGAGAGAGAGAAAGAAAGAGAGAGAGAGAGAGAUAGAGAGAGAGAGAAAUAUUUCAUCAUUUUUGUCUUUUGUCUCUUCGAUGGUGAAAAUACAUUAAUUCGAAAGGAAUUGAAUUGCAGGCAUUUUCCUUUUGUCUAGACAUAUUAAUCCCGCCGCUGAAUACACACUUGUUGAUUUGAUUCGUAAUUAAGGUACAGAUCAAAUUGCGAAUGCGACGAAUUUUCUGAUGCUUUUUUAAAUCACGGAAGGUAUCUUUUCCCCAUUCGUCUUACUUUUUUUAAAAAUGGAAGUUUGUUAAGCACGUGCGACUUUGACAGAGCAACUGGCGAGAGAGAGAGAGAGAGAGAGAGAGAGAGAGAGAGAGAGAGAGAGAGAGAGAGAGAGAGAGAGAGAGAGAGAGAGAGA